AGAGAGAGAGAGAGAGAGAGAGAGAGAGAGCGCCAUGGAUUACUCUUCUCUUCUUCAACCCACACCCAUGUUGUUCUUCUUCCUGCUUCCCUUGCUGUUCUUACUGGGGGUAUUGGUUAAGGCACGAAGGAAACUACCAUACCCACCGGGACCUAAGGGAUUACCCAUCAUCGGAAACAUGAACAUGAUGGACCAGCUCACUCACCGUGGACUCGCCAAACUUGCCAACCAAUUCGGUGGUCUCCUACAUCUUCGACUUGGUUUUCUCCACAUGGUGGUUGUGUCUACCCCAGAAAUGGCUCGCCAUGUCCUUCAAGUGCAGGACAACAUCUUCUCCAAUCGUCCAGCCAACGUCGCCAUUAAAUACCUAACCUACGAUCGGGCCGAUAUGGCCUUCGCACACUACGGCCCCUUCUGGCGUCAGAUGCGUAAGAUCUGCGUGAUGAGACUCUUCAGUCGCAAACGGGCUGAGUCAUGGGCCUCCGUCCGUGAUGAAGUCGAGUCCAUGAUCCGGACGGUAGCGUCCAAGGCCGGCGAGCCCAUUAACAUCGGCAAGCUUGUGUUCUCCCUCACGAUGAACAUAACCUACAGAGCUGCCUUCGGGUCGGAUAUCUUGGUGGGUCAGGAGAAAUUCGUGUCUAUAUUGCAAGAGUUCUCCAAACUGUUCGGCGCUUUUAAUUGGGCUGAUUUCAUUCCGUUGCUCGGCAUGGUCGACCCUCAGGGUCUCCAUCAGAGACUCGUCAAGGCCCGCAAGUCGCUCGACGUUUUUAUCGAUAAGAUCAUCGACGAACAUAUGGAAAAGAGGAAGAGCACCGGAAACCGAUGCGACGAUGCCGACGUUGAAUCCGACAUGGUCGACGAUCUGCUCGCUUUCUAUAGCGAAGAAACCAAGAAGAACGGUGAAUCGGAUGACUUGCAAGCCUCCAUCACUCUCACCAAAGAUAACAUCAAAGCCAUCAUAAUGGACGUGAUGUUUGGGGGAACCGAAACAGUGGCGUCAGCGAUAGAGUGGGCCUUGGCGGAGAUGAUGAAGACUCCAGAAGAACUGAAAAGGGUACAACAAGAAUUGGUCGACGUAGUGGGUCUGGAGAGGAGACUCCAAGAGACAGACUACGAGAAGCUCAGUUACUUCAGAUGUGCAAUGAAGGAGACGCUCCGCCUCCACCCGCCGAUCCCGCUCUUGCUGCACGAAACCGCUGAAGAUGCGGAAGUUGAAGGAUACGCGAUCCCGAAAGGGGCACGUGUGGUUAUUAAUGCCUGGGCUAUCGGGAGGGACAAGGAUUCGUGGGACGAACCGGAUUCGUUCAAGCCGUCACGGUUCUUGAAGGAUGGAGCGCCUGAUUUCAAGGGGAGCAAUUUCGAGUUCGUGCCGUUCGGGUCGGGUCGGAGAUCAUGUCCAGGUAUGCAGUUGGGGUUAUAUGCUUUAGAGUUGGCUGUAGGUCAUCUGCUUCAUUGCUUUACAUGGGAGUUGCCCGACGGGAUGAAACCCAGCGAGCUUGACAUGAACGACGUUUAUGGACUCACCGCUCCCAAGGCGGUUCAACUCGUGGCUAUACCAACACCUCGACUCAGCGUUCCUCUCUUCUGAGUACUCUCUCUCUCUC